AUGAAGGCCCCUCUUUCCUCUCUAGCUAUUGCGACCCUGGCGAGCUCUGCCGUCGCACAGCUGUUCAAUGCAGACACAUUGAAGGCUGAAAGUGCACCCAAAGCUGUAUCUAUGGCUACUCUGAAACAGCGGAAGGUUGAGCAGCGCGAGAGGGACGUUGCCAACGGAUUGUUUGACGUUGAUCGUUAUGCGGCUACGUCGGCCACACCUUGUGUCAAUGGAAAAGCUGGCGAGUACUCUUGCAACAACGUUGAUCUGCUUGGAUUUCUGCGUCACCAAGAUGUCGGUAGCAGAACUCGUGAGGGCAAUGACAUUUGGGGCUGGACCGACCCCAGCACUGGCCGUGAAUACGCGUUGCUAGGACAAACAGACGGCACUGCAUUCGUCGAGGUCCUUCAAGAUGGCAGCCUCAGAUAUGUAGGCCGCCUGCCGACGCAAACCGUUGCCUCUACUUGGCGCGAUAUCAAGGUCAUUGGCAACUACGCCUACAUUGGUUCCGAAGCUCCUGACCAUGGACUUCAAAUCUUCGAUCUGACCAAGUUGAGAAGCGCAGACCCAGAGAACCCACCAACCUAUAGCCCCAGCCGGGAUCUGACGGCACGCUUCUCUGGCUUUGGCUCCAGUCAUAACAUCGUUGCCAACGAGGAGACUGAUCUCAUCAUUGCAGUUGGCACUGAGCACAGGCUGAAAUGCCGUGCAGGUCUGUGGAUGAUAGACGUUUCCAACCCAGAACGUCCUCAGGAUGCCGGCUGCGUCGCGGAGGACGGUUACGUACAUGAUGCGCAGUGUGUCAUCUACCGUGGCCCUCAGACUGCCUACCAGGGUAAAGAGAUAUGCUUCAACUUCAACGAGGAUGCGUUGACAAUCGUGAACAUUGACCGUCGCACCAUGCCCCGCCAACUCUCUCGUACUACCUACAAUGGCGCCACCUAUACUCACCAAGGCUGGUUGACUCCGGAUCACAAGUAUGUCCUCCUCGACGAUGAGCUUGACGAGCAGGAAAAGAAUGGCCCCGCCCAAGACCAACAUACCACUACUUAUAUCGUGGAUGUUCAGGACCUCGAGUAUCCUGUGUUCCGCGGUGUCUACAAGAGCCCUCAGCGAUCCAUUGAUCACAACCAAUAUAUCAUCGACGGCCUCUCAUACCAAUCCAACUAUGGUUCUGGCCUCCGCAUUGUCAACGUCACUUCCAUUAAUGAUGACGAUAGCGGAGCCCAGUUCAAGGAGGCCGGUUUCUUUGAUGUCAGGCCAGAGGAUGAUGCGGUUGGCGGUGAGGCUACAUUUCAUGGCGCUUGGUCGGUAUAUCCCUACUUCCAGAGUGGUCACAUUGUCGUAAGCUCGAUCGAGCGUGGCAUCUAUUCUCUCAAGCACAACGUUUAA